GAGAGAGAAAAGACUGGAGCUCCUCUGCCAGCUGAGGAGUGGAAGGGACCUUUAAUGCAGCUGCAGCUCUUCAUUCAGAUGCUGAGUGGAGGAGCAGAUGACCAGAGGAAGGACACUUUUUCCAGACGCAGCCCUUUUCCAAACCGAUUUCUCUUCAAGCCCACUUUGAUGCUCGGUGGGGGAUUUUCCUGCCAUCUCAUUUAGGAGCUUGGGUGCAGAGAGAGCGGAUUGCGGCAAGCAGAGCAUCCCGAAUGAUCGGAUCUCAGCAGCAGCAGCAGCAGCAUCUCAUUGUAUGAAAUGCGUCAACCCGAUCCACUUUACACACAUCAGCUCUCCAUUCACGGACUGGUCUCCUUGCAGAUUGUUUCAUCAGGUAACCACAUGCGCGGGUCGGUGUCACCGCGCUGAGCCCGCAGAGAGCGAAGGGGUACCGGGUUCAGAGAGACAAGACUGUUCGGGUGAGAGGUGGACCGGAUGACAGCCAGAACCGUGGAGGCCUCGGGGCUGUCGGUGCCGCUGCACCGCUGUCACGGAGGGUUCCAAGCCAGCAACGGCACCUGCGCAGAGCAGCUCAGCCUUUUUCCGCCGUUCUCCUCCACGCUGGCGCUUCUCGUGCUGGUGGCCGUGCUCGUCGGGAUCAUCCUGGUUUCCCUGGCAACGUUCCACUUCCACAAGAGGAAGCUUCGGAAUAGGAAGAUCCAGCGCGCGCAGGAGGAGUACGAGCGCGACAGUCGCAGCCCCACGCGCGCCGGGGCGAGAGGAGAGCCCGCCAGGCCGUGCGUCAUCGUCCGGCCGGUGAGACGUGAAGAGAAGCUCCUCGUGUGCCAGAGCGCGGAGAGCGCAGAGGGCGCAGCGAGCGCAGAGAGCGCAGAGGGCGCAGAGAGCGCAGAGAGCGCAGAGAGCGCAAAGAGCGCAGACGUCCAGGCUGAGGACAGGCGGGCGCCGCACGAGACAGUUCCUCUUGACUGUUAACUUCAGGGAAUGAGACUGUGGAAUAAACAGGAAAAGCAAUAAGGCACAAAGAUCCCCCCCACACCCAUCGCCGCUGCUUGUAGAUGACUUAGAAAUGCAGAACACGAAGCAGAUUAGAUGAACCACUACACACGGUGUGGUCACACAAACACCUCCCUUAUUUAGCCUACCGGUAAUUCCUUAUGGGCCUGUGUAAAAAUAUUUGCCUGCUUUGACUUUUGGACCUCUCCCUCUUCAAACCUCAAAGAUGUUUAAACUUUAAAUCCAUCCUGGGAUGUGACACAUAGUUGCGUUCAAUUAUUAAGAGCUGGUGGCACAACUCCGACCUAAAUGGCUCUCUGAUCUUCCUUGGCAUGUCUUCUGACACACUACCAGUAUGUAGUUAGACUAUAAUGGGUGUUGUGGUGCUGUUAGGCAGUGCAAAGCUGCACAUAUGCUAUAGAAAUGGCUUCUUCGUUUGCGUAGUAUUUUUCCUUCAAUUAUAAGUGACUUAGCCUUUUUGCAUACAGUACAGUCCUCCAAUGUCUGCUAGACAUCUGUAGGUAGAGCUCUAGAUGGGAUGCAAGAUCUUUUGCUGUAGUUAUAUGCACACAGACCUUUUUUCCUUAAAGUGUCAGAUGAGUAAGUUUUAGUGCUUAUCCAGUAUUUACAUUUGGAGUAUUUAUAUCGUAUUCUCUGCUAUAUAAUAAACUGAGAAUUCUUCCAACAGAGGGUUUCGGUUGAAGCCAGUUUUGAUCCUUCAUAUUGUACAGUGAGCCUGAUAGACAUGAUGUGUCAUUUAUUACCUGAGUUUAUUGUAAAUCUAUGCCAUUAUGCGAGCUGGAAUGUUUUGCAGUAACGUCAUCUUUCUGGAGUUCAUAUAAUCUGCCUUAUCUAAGGAAAAAUAUGUAAUAUUGAAAGUUUAUAAAUAAAUGAAUAGUAACUGA